GCCGUCUGUUGCGUAAGUUUUCAACUCUGCGCUCAUUCCCUCGACAGUUUAAUCGUUGGAAGGAGAAGAUGGAGGCACGUUUUAAAUAGUAGGGACUAUUCAAGAUGGUGAUAAGGAUCCUAUUAAUCUCUGGCCUCAUAGCCGUCGCUUCAGCGGCGGUGAAGCUCCAAGAGAUGUACUCGUGGAACGUGUUGGAUUGGAACUACCCUGACCAAUACUCGAAGCAGCAAGCUCUUCAAACUGGGGGCCUCAUCCCGCAGAACGCUCUCCCCGUCGGUAUUGAGCGGUGGAGAAAUAAGCUGUUCGUCAGCGUUCCCAGGUGGCAACCCGGUAUUCCUGCUACUUUGAACUACAUUCCUUUAGAUGCUCCCUAUGAACCAUCACCAAAGCUGACUCCAUACCCAAGUUUCAAAGGCAACGAACUAGGCAACUGUGAGAGCGGUCUGACUACAGUUUACAGAGUCAAAGCUGAUAAAUGCGACCGACUCUGGGUUUUGGAUGUUGGCACUUACGGAUACGAUCCUAACGUGACCAAUGUCUGUCCUUAUUCCUUAAACGUAUACGACUUGAACACUGACCAGCGCAUCAGGCGAUACGUUUUCAGACCUGAGGACAUUGUUUCAACAACUUUCAUCGCAAAUAUAGCUUUAGACGAGGGUCACACCUGCGAUGACACUUUUGCCUAUUUCUCUGACGAGCUCGGCUAUGGCCUUAUCGCUUAUUCUUGGGAACAAAACAAGUCAUGGAGAUUCAGCCACAGCUACUUCAUGCCUGAUCCUCUUGUCGGAGAUUUCAACAUUGCCGGCCUUAACUUCCAGUGGGGCGCUGAAGGUAUAUUUGGUAUAACCACAUCUCCAAUGGGUGCUGAUGGUUUUAGAACACUUUACUUCAGCCCUCUAUCCAGUUACACAGAGUUCGCCGUUUCCACUCGAAUUUUAAGAGACGAAUCUAAAGUAACCGGUUCAUACCGCGACUUUAAGGUCGUCGGUUCCCGCGGACGUGACACACAUACCACUGCUAAGGUAAUGGACAGUACUGGUGUCCAACUUUAUAGCUUAAUCGAUCAAAAUGCUAUUGGAUGCUGGAACUCGGCCUUCACUUUAAAUCCACAAAAUACUGCCGUCGCUGAUAAGGACGACGUCGGUCUCGUGUUCCCUAGUGAUGUGAAAAUCGAUGAGGAAAGAAAUGUUUGGGUAAUUUCAGACAGGAUGCCCGUAUUUUUAGAAUCAGAAUUAAAUUAUGGUGAUAUCAACUUCAGAAUCUAUGUUGCGCCAUUAGACAAGCUAAUUGAAGGAACUGUUUGUGAACCUCAAGUGCCGAAGACAUUUCCAAACUUCGCUCCGCAAACACCUUUAUACAAUCCACGCCUAGAAACAAUUUCUCAAAUUCCACCACAAAUUUUCUUGCCCUCUACAUCUCAGAGGGGCUCAAAAACUUCUUUCAGCACCUUACCUUCCCAAAACGUAAUUCCAAAAGUAUCGAAUUCAUUGAUAUUUUCUAAGCAACCUUCUCAACCGUAUUUCAUCUCAUCAUCGCAGUCAGGUAUUGCAAACAAAAACCCAUGGUGGCUGAAAGAUUACCAGCUAUAAAAUUUAGGUAUUUCUCAAUGGAAGAGAAAAUCUCCUGAAUAUACAUAACAAUAAAUAUUAUCUCGUAAAAUGUAAUAUUUUUUAUCAAAGAAAGACAUUGUUUAAGGUGUGGUACAUACGCUAUAAUCAUCGAUAGCUUUUAUGUAUCAUUUUUUGUAUUUUUACAUAAGUUUUGUAUAAGUGUUGUAAAUCGAACUUAUCUUAUUUAUAUUUAGCGCGAUGCAUGU